AGAUGAGCAGCUGCUAGGCAGGACUGUCUUGAAAGCAGAGAGACAGUGAGAGAGACCAUUUGGUGCCUGAACGCGAGCGAGGGAGGGGGCGAGAGAGACGCACACACUCAGCGUGAGCCUCUGGUUUAAGUAGACACUAACCGUGCGUUUAGGGAAACCCACAGUCUCAGCUCCCUGGGAUACAGGAGUUUCUGGCCCUGCUCUUUUUCCCCUUUUCAUUCUUUUAUUUUACUCCCUCCAUCUUUUCUCUUCUUCCCUUUGCCUACGGAAAGCGCUGGACCACUGUUUUCUCCCUGAAACACGCCAAGCCGGUAGUGGAGGCUGAUGCUGUGAUACACUGCAGGAGAAACAUACAGGCUCUCAUUUGAUGCAGUGAAGUGCUCUGUGAGGAAAAUCGCAAGCAAAGGUUUGCCGGCCAUGGGGAACCUCAUUAAAGUCCUUGGCAAGGAUUUAGAGAACUGUCCUCAUUUUUUCCUGGAUUUUGAAAAUGCUCAGCCCACAGAGGCCGAGACAGCCGUGUAUAACCAGGUUAGUGCUGUUCUGGAAGAGGCCCAUGGGAUACUGGCAGAACUACAGUCUUACAAUGGAGCAGGACAAGAAAUAAGAGAGGCCAUUCAGAACCCCAAUGACCUCCAGUUGCAGGAGAAAGCCUGGAAUGCAGUCUGCCCUCUGGUGGCCAAGCUCAAGAGAUUUUAUGAAUUUUCUCUCAGGCUAGAGAACGCCCUGCGGAGUCUAUUGGAGGCCCUAACAAGCCCACCCUACGCUCCCAUGCAGCAUCUGGAGAGAGAGCAGGCCCUCGCCAAACAGUUCGCAGAAAUCCUGCACUUCACUCUCAGCUUUGAUGAGCUUAAAAUGACAAAUCCAGCCAUACAGAAUGACUUCAGCUACUAUAGGAGGACCAUCAGCAGGAAUCGUCUGAACAACCAGCAGUUAGAAGCUGAGAAUGAAGUAAAUAAUGAAAUGGCCAAUCGGAUGUCGCUCUUCUACGCUGAAGCCACACCCAUGCUCAAAACCCUGAGCAAUGCCACGACUAAGUUUGUGUCGGAGAAUAAGACUUUGCCAAUCGAGGACACCACAGAUUGCCUGAGCACUAUGGCCUGUGUGUGCCGUGUCAUGCUGGAGACUCCGGAGUACCGGUGCCGUUUCACUAACACAGACACCAUGCUGUUCUGCAUGCGUGUGAUGGUGGGCGUCAUCAUCCUUUAUGACCACGUUCAUCCAGUGGGUGCCUUUGCCAAGACCUCCAAGAUUGAUAUGAAGGGCUGCAUCAAGGUGUUGAAAGAGCAGCCUUCAAACAGCGUGGAGGGACUGUUGAAUGCACUGAGGUAUACCACAAGACAUUUAAAUGAUGACAGCACCUCAAAACAAAUCAGGGCUCUGCUUCAAUGAGAGCAGGAGGAGAGGGAGGAGGACCCACAGAGACAGGGACUGUCAGAGAACAAGCGAUGGUGGCUGGCAGUCCUCUGAAACCUGUUUGUUUACAAGAGCAACUUGAUCUCAAAUGAAAUAAGAUAUUCUAGAAAAGAAAAAGGAAUACGAAAAUAAAUAUAUAUAUAGAGAGAGAGAUUGUUGAUGGUUCAUCACCGUGUGUCAUUUUAUAAAAGCAGGAAAAAUAGAGAUAUAUAUGUAUAUUAAAAUUCAUUACUUAAAACUACCUGGGUGUGGAUAUAAAAGUCUUUCAAAAACAUAUUAAAUAUUUAAGAAUUGAAUUUAAAAGCGGUAGUUAAAACCACCAACAAAACUGGUUCAUAUUCCAAGUUCCGCCUGAGAGUAUUUUUGCACACUUGAAAAGGAAUCCCACCUCACAGGAAAGACAUUAACAUGGCUUGAAACUGUAUAAUUCAGAUCCCUUUUCACGCGUUUUUAGACUUGAUUUGAUUUGCAACGCCUCGUUAUUCCCGUAUGUGCUUCGUCCAAUGCAUUCUGGGAAUUAAAACCGGAGUCCUUGGCAUUUCAAGUCUGUUGAAGGAUAAAUGUAAAGAUCACAUACUUGAGACGCAUCUCUGCUGACAUCGCCAGAAAUCAAACUAUAAUCCUCUAGCUGUAUAUACUCGGAAAGCACAGGAUAGUUUUGUAAAGAAAUGAAGCGUUUUGUUAGACUUCUUCACUAGUGCUGUACAGCAAUACUCUAUACCACCAAUGUGACAAACCCGUUCAUUUGAAAUGCCUUCAUACCAAUGUAUGAGACGCCGGAUAAUGCUAACAGUUCAUCUGUGGAGUUGUACAUAUCAUCAGACGAACAAUCCUUUAAAAGUUACGUUUUUGCUCUUGUAAAGUUGACGUUCAAACGGAGCGAGUAAGCCAUGAAACUGUAAUUCAGACGCAAACACACAUUCUGCCCUGUGCCAUAGCUGCUUCCUGUACCACUGCGUCAGAGUGACGUAUAACAAACAUCAUUCGUAGAAACCAAAACACACCAUUGAGAACAACACAGCGAUGUGGAUUUGCUUUCCUCUGUAUCCAAAAGCAAAUCAUUGCCAAAUGGGACUGCAACUUUGCCUUUCAGAUAAAUAGAAGUGAGACGUUUGGUCAUGAACACAAUCUCAAAACAACAGGCUUGAAGGUGCAAAACACUUGACUUGGUGUAAAUAAGAGGAUUUUUACUAAACAAACGUUCCAUCGAGACUCUUUGUUAGAAUUACAGAUGCAUAUUAAAAAAAAAAAA